AAUGCGACAGAAGAAGAAGAGGAAUGACGUCAUUCUGGACUUCUUUCGCCCGGAAAAGAUGGACACGCAUGUGAAUUAGACUACCGUAUCGUCAUAUUCUUCAGCUGAUUUAAUGCACGUUGCUCCGUGCCAUUCGGUGUUUUGUACCAUCAGAAGCUUCAGAAGGCUUGUUUCUCUCUUAUCCACUCGGCUCACGAGCAGUCUUGAGUUUACAACGCCUGCUUUUUACAGCGUACUUGCUCAGGGUUCGCAAUGGGUCCUACCACUCUGGAUAGAAUCAUUGAACUGCAGAAAAAUCCAGCCUGUAUUAGAAAUCUUUGCAUAUUGGCACAUGUUGACCACGGUAAAACUACUCUUGCGGAUUGCUUAGUGGCAAGCAAUGGUAUCAUAUCAAGCCGCCAGGCAGGGAAGCUAAGGUAUCUGGACAGCAGAGAGGAUGAGCAAAUCAGAGGAAUCACCAUGAAGUCCAGUGCCAUCUCUCUUCAUUUCCAAGAGGGUGAUGAAGAUUUCUUACUGAAUUUGAUUGACUCUCCGGGGCACGUUGACUUCUCCUCUGAAGUUUCCACUGCUGUCCGCCUGUGUGAUGGUGCCAUUGUUGUUGUUGAUGCUGUAGAGGGAGUCUGCCCACAGACGCAGGUCGUACUGCGACAGGCUUGGUUGGAGAACAUCAGGCCCGUUCUGGUCAUUAAUAAAAUCGACCGACUUAUCGUGGAGCUCAAGUUUACCCCUCAAGAAGCUUAUGCCCACUUGCAAAAGAUUAUGGAACAGGUGAAUGCGAUCACGGGAACCUUGUUCACAUCCAGAGUGAUGGAGAAGCAAGCAGAGAAAACAAAAGAGGAGCAAGGGUGUGAGACCCCACUCGGAGACCAAGUGUAUGACUGGAGUGCAGGGCUGGAGGAGGCUGAUGACUCUCAUCUCUAUUUCUCUCCUGACCAAGGAAAUGUGGUCUUUGCCAGUGCUCUUGAUGGAUGGGGCUUCAGCAUUCGGCAUUUUGCCCUCAUGUACAGUGAGAGGAUGGGCAUUAAUCCAGAGGUGCUUCUCAAAACCCUAUGGGGCGAUUUCUACCUAAAUGCAAAAGCUAAGAAGAUCAUGAAAGGAGCUCAGGUCAAAGGCAAGAAGCCACUCUUUGUGCAGCUUGUCCUGGAUAAUAUUUGGAGUUUAUACAAUGCUGUUGUUACUCACAGAGACAAGGAGAAAGUUGAGAAGGUGCUAGCAUCUCUUGGCGUCAAGGUGAUGGCCAGGGAUUCUCGUCACUCUGACCCAAAAGUUCUUCUGUCUGCUAUAUGCAGCCAGUGGUUGCCAGUGUCUCAGGCUGUCCUCUCAAUGGUGUGUAAUAAGCUUCCGAGUCCAUUACACAUAGCAGCAGAGAGGGUGGAAAAACUGAUGAGUGUCGGAGUGCGUCGAUUUGACACCUUGCCUGAGAGGACGCAGGAACUGAAAAAUGCAUUUCUCCAGUGCUCAAGCAAUGAAAAUGCACCAGUCAUAGUUUUUGUGUCCAAGAUGGUUGCUGUGGAAACCAAAGCCUUGCCUCACAACAAAAAAAGACCUUUGACUCAGGCAGAGAUUUCCCAGUGCAGGGAAUUAGCGAGACAAAGACAUGCUGAAAGGAUGGCAGCAGGACAGCAGAACCACUCAGUGAAUGCACUUGUGGAUAUUCAGUCAGGAGGACUCUGCAAAGGUGAUGAGAUCGCAACUGAAGGGCUAAAAGAGUCCAAGACAGAGGAGCAAAGAGAGACCUUCAUAGCAUUUGCCAGGGUAUACAGCGGGGUGGUGAAAAAAGGACAAAGAAUAUUCAUACUCGGACCAAAGUAUGAUCCUGCCCAGGGCCUAAGCAUGCUGCCUGAGCAUUGCAGUCCUUCUGACAGUUUACCUGAGGUGCCUCAUCUGUCCUGUUGUUCCAUUGAAAACAUCUACCUGCUGAUGGGCAGAGAACUGGAAGAGCUAGAAGAGGUGCCCUCCGGCAAUGUGCUUGGCAUCAGAGGUCUAGAAGACUUCAUUUUGAAGUCAGCUACGAUUUCCACCACUCCUGCUUGCCCACCCUUCACUCCACUCAACAUUGAGGCGUCACCCAUUGUACGAGUUGCCAUAGAACCAAAACACCCAGGUGAGAUGCCAAAACUGGUGCGUGGGAUGCGUCUGUUGAACCAAGCAGACCCCUGUGCUGAAGUGCUAAUCCAGGAGACAGGAGAACAUGUUUUGAUCACUGCUGGAGAGGUUCAUCUCCAACGCUGCCUGGAUGACAUCAAAGACCGGUUCGCCAAAAUUGAGAUCAGCGCAUCCAAGCCUAUCAUCCCAUUCCGAGAGACCGUAGUGCGCCCUCCCAAAGUAGACAUGGUGAAUGAAGAUCUUGGCAAGCAGCAAAAAGUGGCUGUCAUUCACCAGGUAAAAGAUGAAGUUUCUCAUGGUCAUGCUACAGAGACUCUUCAUGUUGACAGCAGUGGUUUGGUCACACUAACCACUCCAAAUAAACUGGCCACUGUCAGCGUGCGUGCAAUCCCCUUGCCUCAGGAGGUGACUUGUCUUCUGGAGAACAGCUCAGCGCUAAUUCGAACUCUAGAACAAGUCAACAUGACCUUGAGGGAAGGUAGAAAUCUAGACAUUAGUGUUAGGACCUUGGAAGCCAUUACCAACCUCAAGGCCCAACUGGAAAGCAAACUCCAAGGAAGGAAGUGGAGGAAUGCUGUGGAGCAUAUCUGGGCUUUUGGACCUCGCAGGUGUGGCCCAAAUAUUCUGCUGAACAAGCUGGAGGGUUAUCAGCGGCCAUCUUUCUGGCAGUAUCUAUGCCAAGAAGAUAAAUCUGGGAAAGAUGGAGCUCAGGCAAAAAAUAUCCGAGAGUUUGACAACAGCAUUGUCAGUGGCUUCCAGUUAGCAACUCUGUCAGGGCCGAUGUGUGAAGAGCCCCUCAUGGGGGUCUGCUUCUGCAUUGAGAGAUGGGAUGUACAGUCUUUAAAUUGGAAACAUGAAAAUACCUUUGAGGAAAUGGCCACAUUUCAAGAGGCUUUGGGUACUAUUAAAGCACCAGAAAGCACUGAUGCAUUGGAAGUCACCCCUACUCACCCAAGUCAAGCCAAACGCUACCAAGAUAUUACCUCUGAAGACUGUUACGGGCAUGUUUCAGGCCAGCUGAUUGCUGCCAUGAAGGAGGCAUGCCGCCAUGCUUUCCAGGCUCAGCCGCAGAGACUUAUGGCUGCGAUGUACACCUGUGAAAUAAUGACCACUGCGGACGUUCUGGGCAAAGUAUAUGGUGUUGUUGGAAAACGAGAAGGCCGCAUUCUCCAUGAAGAAAUGAAGGAAGGAACAGAAAUAUUCAUCAUCAAGGCCGUUGUGCCUGUAGCUGAGAGUUUUGGUUUUGCAGAUGAAAUCCGCAAGAAGACCAGUGGGCGAGCCAGUCCACAAAUGGUCUUCAGUCACUGGGAGGUGAUCAGCAGCGAUCCAUACUGGGUUCCUACCACUGAGGAAGAAUACCUGCACUUUGGGGAAAAGGCAGACUCAUCUAACCAGGCACUCAAAUAUAUGAAUGCUGUCCGCCGCCGAAAGGGCCUCUAUGUGGAGGAAAAGAUAGUUGAACAUGCAGAAAAACAACGAACCCUAAGCAAAAACAAAUAGACAAAAAAUAAAAAGUCCUUUCUGCUCUACCAGAUGA